AUGCUCGUCGGGCGGCAGCCUGCUAGUAGCAAGCCACAAAAUGGCAGCGAGACCACACUCGUGGCCUCCUUCGCACUCUUACCAGCGCUCGUGAUGCACAUCGCCGGGCCGCGUGCUUCCCAACUCUACUGGGAGGUUCGUCGAAUCGCUGUUGGCGUCGCCGGGCACGAUCAAGGCGACCUGUGCCCCAUGAAAGCGUUGACGUGUGCGACAGACGCCGUGAUGCAUUCACAAGACUGCGAAAACGAUCUUCUGGAAUGCAUCCAUGCGGCCGCGUUGACCAUCAUAGAGGCUGCGGAUGUCGCUGUGGACGUGGACGUGGACGUGGACAGCGCCGACGACUAUUCGUAUGACAGCGAGGACACUCUGUGCCCGUCGUGCGGCGAAUAG